ACAGUCUCUUGUGCUUUCACAAGUCACAGACAGAUGAAAACCUUCAGCAGCCCCAUCAACUCCAGCACCAUCACUGGCUUCAUCCUCUUGGGUUUCCCCUAUCCCAGGGAGGGGCAAAUCCUCCUCUUUGUGCUCUUCUUCAUUGUAUACCUACUCAUUCUCAUGGGGAACGCUUCCAUCAUCUGUGCUGUGUUCUGUGAUCAGAGACUCCACACCCCCAUGUACCUCUUGCUGGCCAACUUCUCAUUCCUGGAGAUAUGGUAUGUCACCUCCACAGUCCCCAACAUGUUGGCCAACUGCCUCUCUGAAAACAAGGUCAUCUCUUUCUCUGGAUGCUUCCUGCAGUUCUAUUUCUUCUUCUCCUUUGGUUCUACAGAAUGCAUUUUCCUGUCAAUCAUGGCAUUUGAUCCUGCUUGUGGACGUUUGAUGAAAAUGUAUCUAAGCCCAACAUCUGAGCAUGACUCUGGAAUGCAGAAGCUUGUGACUCUAUUUUAUUCUGUGGGUACUCCACUGCUUAAUCCUGUGAUAUACAGUCUGAGGAACAAAGAUAUGAAAAAUGCCAUGCAGAAGAUGUUAAGAACAUAA